ACACUUAAAUUAAAUUAAAAACCCUAAUAAACAGGGACUAUUAUGUAAAAACAACAUGGGAAAAGCAAAAUUAGAAAGCAGAACAGAAGCAAAAGUGCAGAACUGCAAUCAGGCCAUUGGCAUCCAUCUCCCUCAUCCCUGCUCCAUCUCCCUGAGUCCGUCGGCAUCUCCACCGCCGAACAGAAGCAGCAAAGCACUUAAUCUCCCUGCUCCACUUCCGUCGGCAUCUCACUCACCAGUCCUCCAUCGGCCUCAUCUCCUUCGCUGAACUGAACAUCAGCAACAGAGUAUCCUAAUCUCCGUGCAUCUCCACCGACAGUUCAACAGCUCUCCUCCGUGGGCAGCAUCUUGACAAAGCUCACAGCCUCAUGCCUCUGUCACUCAUCUUCCACUCCUUUACUGGCCAAAAUAGAAGCAGCAAAGCAUAAUAGAUCGUCCCUGAUUUU